UGCUGACUUCUGCCAGAGAAAGGCGCAGGAGAAUUUGCCAGUCAUAUACCUAGCCUCUCAUUUCAAAAGGAAUGGUAUAAUUCAGGACUCCAAAUCACACAAGUGUUGGUUUAAAAAAAAGGACAUAGUGGUAUUGAAGCUAAAGUCCUCUGUUUUUGGCUUUCAAUUCAGAAGUUGCUCUGCAGCUAGAAAAGCCCAAGACCUCCAAGAUGGAGAAAAAAGAACUAAAGGUUCCUGUUCCAAAAUUUGACAACAUCCCCUGGCUCAGUUCCACCAGCCUAUCAAACAAGCCAUUAGUGCUCAGUAUACCCAAAAGAUCUCAGCCCUUGGCCAGUCUUUUGGUUUCACCCAAGAAGGAUUUGAAUUCGCCAAUUUCAUUUCAAGUGCCAGAGGUCUCAUCUCAGGCCUGGAGGAACCGGAGUGGCCCUAGGCUGAGCCGAAACAAGCAUCUGUGUGAUACUUGUCGACAGAUAAUAAUGGCACAACCAACUUUGCUAAACCCCGAUAGCAAGAAGCUGACUUUUAAAAAUGUUAUGAAUCAAGCAGUGAUAAAUCCUGCUCUACAAGACUCCCAUCCUGAAGUUUGUCCUCCCCGUGAUAACACCACCACAGAGAGCACUCACUGCAGACUGCCCAUCAUGGGGCCGAGGAUUGCUGUCUUCCAUGGGCUGCUGUCAGAUGCCUACAGAAGUCUUCAGGCCUCACAAGCCUCUCCUAAGCCCAGGAAGGCAUCACAGGACAAGGUGAAGAGGCAGUGAGCUCAGAGCUCACCACCAUCCAGGCUCCCUGAUGGACUUAAGUGCCUUCUCAUAAUCUGCUCUCACCGAAAGAGGGACUCAGUUCAGUCUUUCUGAGAGCUGCUUCAAUGUUAGCUCUUGCCGCUCUCUUCCCUCACUCAUCUCUGCAAAAGGGAAAAUGAUGAUAUGAUUAGAAAGGCUGAUUAAAGUAGACUGUGUUGACUGCU